ACCGGCUGUGCAGGAGACUCCUUGGCCUUCCCUUCUGCCUGGAGAUCACCGCUCUCGUCAGAGAGAAGUCUCCUCCUUCCUUCCUUCUUUCCUCUUCUCUUCUUCAAAUUGAUUGAGAGAGGAGGAUUGAUCCAAAUAGGGAGAGAGAGUUAAAAUAGUAUUGCCCAAGGUCCAAAAACAAAAGCCUGUGAGGAGAGAUAGAAAUGGGCUUAUGUGCAGAAAGAGUUUAAAAUAUUUGCUUGCUAGAACCUUCUCCCAUCCUUCCUCUCUGUCCGUCCCCUGCUUUGUUUUUUUCCACUGCAAGACAAUCUUAUUUUUACCGAUUUACCGUGAACCAACAUUUCGUUUUGCGCCAUCUUCGCCUUUUACCCGCCAGUUUUCGGCCUAUAAAUCCAUUCCAUUCAGGUGAGUUUGUGUUGAGAUGCAGGCUCUUUUCCGCUCUCUUUUCUAUCUGUCAAGGCAUUGCUAAUGCGGUUUGGAAGACUCAUCGACCGGUGUACGCUGGAAUUUUAGUUUGCGAAAGAAUGCCGUUCUUCCUUCAGGCAGUAUCCUAAGUUCCGGUUGAUGGUGUUCGAUUUUCAGUAUUUGCAGGGGUGACGCAGGAAGGCUUUUGCCAGAGCCAGUGGCUCUAAGGAUAGGUUUUCUGUGGCAAUGCUCAGCUUCUGGCUUGCUUCUCUCUGAGGAUUCCUCUUAAUUGCCGAUUGAAAGCAUCACUUCCAGUCAUUGACUCUCGUUGUCUCUCUCUCUCGCUCUCUCUCUCUCUCGCUCUCUCUGCUUCCCUUUUUUAUUAUAGCGAAAGCAAUUGCCAACCAUUCUGGUGGGCCUUGUGCUUCAACCCCCUGAGUUUUUCUUUGAUUUCUUUAACAAUUCACCACUCAUGUACGUCUGUCAGAUCUAUAGAGAUGAAACCCUUUCGUCUUCCGCUCCUAUAAUAGAGCCGAUUGGUGUUUCUUCUAUCAUUGCCAAGUUUUCUUUCUUUCAUUUCUUUAGUCAAUAAAGGCUUGUAGUUGGUGGUAGGUCUUAUCCGAGUGGUAGCUGAUAGAUUGUGAGUCCCACCCUCCUUCCUUUUCCUUUUUUUGUUUGUUCUGGUUCACGCUUGUGAUUCCCAUCCGCUUUUCCCUUUCUGAAAUGCUUCAACAUCAUCAUUAAGUCUAGGGGUGUCGCCUUUGGUUAAUUCCGAUCCCCAUACCAGCGCACUCUAGUCCCAUCAAUAGGAUCCCUUCGGUGAAAAACCAUCUCCGCUGAUUGGUUCAUUGAAUCCAGUACAGGCCUCACCUGUUGUGUAUUCCCUUCUUCUGCUAGUGUUGUUUCUCCUAGCUAUAUUCUUUCAGCAUGAAAGCUGCUGUUUCUCCCAUGCGACGAGAAGCGGAAGUUGAAAGGCGAAGGAUGCAGGAGAAACAGAGGCCUUUAAUGCUCAAAGAUUUCUUGAGAGACGCGAGCCCUGCACGCGACUCAAAUAGGAAAUGGCACCGAAACCAGAGCUGCAAUGAAUCCCCUACCACCAUGAGGAAUCUUCUGGAGAUGGAUACCAAGGGCUCGAAAAGAACCGGCCUGGUGCUUUCCAGGCCUGCUUCAACGACCCUCUCUGCCCUGCAUAAGGCCUCUGAGGUCAUAGUCAGGCUUCUCCCCUUUUCCGGCCGGACUCCACCUCAGAAGCGGCAGGGCAACGCAGUCAUCCGCCGGCAAAACGUCAACAAAUUGAGCUCGAUUUUCAGAAGGGUAGCUUCCAUGAGGGAACCCCGAACCCCCAGAGGAGGCCUGUCCCGCAGGAUCUCUGCAGCCAUGAGAAGCCUCUCUCGUCGGGAGCCUUGCAUCAAAAGAGACGUCGAAGUGCAAGUUCGUGUUCGGGACAUAGUGCGGUGGAGAUCUUUCGGCGAUGAAGAAGAGAUCCCGUAUCUUCAGUACCAUAACUCCAAGACCCCACCUCGAGAGGAAUUGAGUACUGCAGACGGAACCUCGGAUUCUUGCUCGUCUUCACGGACGAGUAGCUGUACGUGGUCCGAGAGCGAAUCGUUGUCGAAUUCACAGUCUUGUUGUGGUAGCUCAGAGUGCUCAGUUGUGUCUGGUGCAUUGAACAACAAAAUGCUUUUACUGAGUUACCAUCGAGAGGUCAAAGAUGGAGUAGACGGCGAGUUUCAGAAGAGCUCCUUUGUGCAACCACCGACCGACACACCAAUUCACUCGCUUGGGUUUAACCGUGCAGUGGAGAUGAAAGAAGCGUCGGAUUCACUCAAUGCAGCAGAUACGUGCUGCUCCAGUGGACAAGAGGAAGAUGUCCAGCAGCUGGGACGUGCGAAUGAUGGCUGCACCAUGUGUCGUGCUGUUGAAGGAUACGAGGAAAAGGAACAGUUCAGCCCUGUUUCUGUUCUGGACUUCCCGUUCGAAGAUGAAGAUGAAGGUGGAACGACAUCAUUCGAGGAGAGCCUUGCCGAUAUCGAAAGGAAAAAGCAGCAGCUGCUCCACAAGAUUGGCCGAUAUGAGAGCCUCUCGAAACUUGAUCCUGUGGACCUUGAAAGAGAGUUUGCAUUGACUGAAUUUGAACUUUCAGACGAAGAUGUUGAGAGUUUCACCGGGUACCAUGAUGGUAAUGCUGGAGAAGAAGUGGAGAAUGCGGAGGAGUACAUAAGAGAGAUAAUACUUGAUUAUCUGGAUGAAACAACAAAGAGAAAUUGGUUACCCUUCGAAUCGCUGGUUAUUGAUGUCUUCAGAGAAGAACUGAGCUCUGCUGGUGAACUAGAGGCAGAUGAGUUGGUGGGAAUUGCUGUUGGUCGAGUAAAAGAAUGGGUAAUACAGACAGGCUCAGUAGACCAGAGCAGGGAGUUCUGUCUGAAGGAAUUGGAGAGAAAUCAAGAUUGGAGAAAAUUUGUGAUGGAUGAAGAAGAGGUGGCAGCAGAGAUGGAGGUAGAUAUUCUAUGGUCCUUGGUUGAUGAUCUAUUGGUUGAUCUUAUGGUAUAAGUACAGGUGAAUUAAGACCAAGGACUAGCCUGCGAAGGUAAUCUCCUCAGAUUCCGCUCGACAAAAUGAUCAGCAUCACUUUAGUAGUCUGAUCACAUGCCAUUCCUCGAAAUUCCACAUGGUUGACCUCCAUUGUCACAGACCAAGCUCUGAGUGCUCAUGCUUGAGUGGGAAUGUGCUGUUUGCAGCAAUGCAUUUAGAAAGCAUGCUGAUGCCUUAAUCUCUUAAACGAGUGUAUAUAGUUGGUGGGUUCAACUUAUGAGCUACAAUUUUUUUUCCUUUUCAUGUUGAAUAAAUUUUGUAACUGAGCUUUCGGAGAGAAUGAAAGCCAAAAUCCUAACACUUGAUGUGCGCUGAGGAAAUCUUUAGCCAAAGAAAUGGAAGAGACAUGUUUAUUAGAAGUGAGUAUCAUGAAUCAGGAAGAAAAGAAUGCCCAUUUGGUUUACAAGGCUACUGUAAUUGUAGCUUCAACAGGGUGAGCACUAUGAUUAGUACUUCAUGGAUCCAUCUUCUUCACAUGAGAGAUGUGGCUACACUUUAUGGCGCACAAAAUUUGUGACUCGGUUUGGAUUUGGAAUCAUUAUUUGAAAGUAAAUUGUAGAACAGAUCCAGAUUGGGUUGUCAGUGGGGUAUUGGAUUCAUGAGUAGGUCCAAAUUUAAUGCGUUUGGCUUCAUCGAAUAUCUGAGCUAGAUUGAAGUGGUAGACACCUGCAUGUAUUUGGAAGCACUCAUCAUCCAUUUGUAACCCAGUUGAGCACCCUGGUAUGGACUCACUUGUACCAGAAUUAAGUAUAAUCAAAGAGGUUGCAAUACAUCCUUUUGGA